GCCGCCGCCGCCGCCGCCGCCGCCGCCGCCGCCAUGGAGCCCCGCCCCGACGGCCCCGCCGGCCUCGGCCCCGCCGACAUCCACGAGGGCUGGUUCCGCGAGACGUGCAGCCUGUGGCCCGGCCAGGCCCUGUCGCUGCAGGUGGAGCAGCUGCUGCACCACCAGCGCUCGCGGUACCAGGACAUCCUCGUCUUCCGCAGCAAGAGCUACGGCAACGUGCUGGUGCUGGACGGCGUGAUCCAGUGCACCGAGCGGGACGAGUUCUCGUACCAGGAGAUGAUCGCCAACCUGCCGCUGUGCAGCCACCCCGACCCCCGCAAGGUGCUGAUCAUCGGCGGCGGCGACGGGGGCGUCCUGCGGGAGGUGCUCAAGCACUCCUCCGUGGAGUCGGUGGUGCAGUGCGAGAUCGACGAGGACGUCAUCCAGGUCUCUAAGAAGUUCCUGCCGGGCAUGGCCGUGGGCUACUCCAGCUCCAAGCUGACCCUACACGUGGGCGACGGUUUUGAGUUCAUGAAGCAGAACCAGGAUGCCUUUGACGUCAUCAUCACGGACUCGUCAGACCCCAUGGGCCCUGCAGAAAGCCUCUUCAAGGAGUCCUAUUACCAGCUCAUGAAGACAGCCCUCAAGGACAACGGCGUCCUCUGCUGCCAGGGCGAGUGUCAGUGGCUGCACCUGGACCUCAUCAAGCAGAUGCGGCAGUUCUGCAAGUCGCUCUUCCCCGUGGUGGCCUACGCCUACUGCACCAUCCCCACCUACCCCAGCGGCCAGAUAGGCUUCAUGCUGUGCAGCAAAAACCCGAGCACCGACUUCCAGAAGCCUGUGCAGCAGCUGACACAGAAGCAGGUGGAACAGAUGCAGCUGAAGUACUACAACUCCGACGUGCACCAGGCGGCCUUCGUCCUGCCCGAGUUCGCCCGCAAGGCCCUGAACGACGUGAGCUGAGCCCGGGCGCCGCUGCCCGUGCUGCGCGGGAGCCUCCGGGGCGCUGGGCGCCUCGAGCCCUGGACGCGACCCCCACCCGCCGGCGUGCCCACCAAGCAAGUGUUACAGGCCCCAGAUGCUGCCCCGGCUGCCCUGCUGGGCGGACUGUCCGUCUGUCUGUGGCGUCCACCUCCGAGCCUCGACCAGCUGUGUACAGCACCUUCUCCACCUUCUGUCGCCCUCACUCACCAAACACGUGUAUUUAUAACAAAUUCUAA